UGUGUCGUGUCAUGUCAUGCAUGGUGUAGUACUAUUGUGAAUUAUUUCUUCCUUGCACCUUCUCACGAGAAGGAGCUUGCUCAGUGAGGGACAGGACAGCUACCAUGUCCACUCUCUUGCAGCGGGCUUCUGCCCGCAGACCGCGAUGUGCAAUCGACCUCUCCUCUACUUACACCACUCGAUCCAUACCACAACAACAGACACGACUGUCACGGCGCAAUUAUGCAGUCCAUAGCCCUGUACCGGCAUCGUCGAGAAGAAAGGCCGCUGUGCCUCCAUACCAGAAGAUCCUUAAAAACUUUGAAGAUGUGCGGACGAUUCUUGGGUCACGACAAUUGACUCUGGCGGAAAAGAUUCUAUACUCUCAUCUGGAUAAUGCGGAAGAAUCACUUCUCACGAAUACCAACAAUGGCGCCAAUAUUCGGGGAAAUGCCAAUCUCAAGCUCAAGCCUGACCGUGUGGCUAUGCAAGACGCAUCGGCUCAGAUGGCCAUCCUUCAGUUCAUGACUUGCAACCUACCCUCGACGGCGGUCCCCGCUAGUAUUCACUGUGAUCAUAUGAUUGUGGGAGAAAAAGGCGCCGAUACAGAUCUGCCCAACUCGAUUGCUGGUAAUAAGGAGGUGUUUGACUUUCUCGAGUCUGCAGGCAAGAGAUAUGGAAUGGAGUUCUGGCCGCCUGGCGCAGGUAUUAUUCAUCAGACCGUCUUGGAGAACUACUCGGCUCCUGGACUUAUGAUGCUGGGUACCGACAGCCACACACCGAACGCGGGUGGCCUUGGUGCUAUUGCUAUUGGAGUCGGUGGUGCAGAUGCCGUCGAUGCGCUGGUGGAUGCUCCUUGGGAGCUCAAGGCACCAAAGAUUCUCGGAGUUAGACUUGAAGGCAAGCUCAGUGGUUGGACUACACCAAAAGAUGUCAUUCUACACCUUGCUGGGCUGUUGACGGUCCGUGGUGGCACUGGAUCCUUGAUUGAGUAUCAUGGACCUGGGGUGGAAACUCUGAGCUGUACGGGCAUGGCCACGAUUUGCAACAUGGGCGCCGAGGUCGGUGCCACGACGUCGAUCUUCCCUUUCUCUGAGAGCCAUAUCCCUUAUCUCAAGGCAACGGGCCGUGCGUCGAUUGUUGAUGCCAUUAAGGGCAUUGCAUAUGGAUCAGAGCAGUAUAACUUUCUCCGAGCAGAUGCUGGUGCCGAGUACGAUCAACACAUCACGAUCAACCUGUCAUCACUGGAACCUCACAUCAACGGACCAUUUACUCCCGAUCUGUCGACCCCUCUUUCCAAAUUCAAGGAUGCCGUCAAGACUAACAACUGGCCCGACACAUUCUCGGCCGGAUUAAUUGGAAGUUGCACCAACAGUUCGUACGAAGACAUGACCCGAGCUGAAGACUUGGUCAAGCAAGCACAAGCGGCUGGCUUGAAACCAGUAUCGGAUUUCUUCAUCACCCCAGGAAGUGAGCAGAUUCGGGCGACCUUGGAAGACAGCAAGACUCUCCAGACGUUUGAAAGCGCAGGUGGUACAGUCCUUGCCAAUGCUUGUGGACCAUGUAUUGGACAAUGGAAGCGAACAGACGGGAUCAAGAAGGGUGAGGACAAUGCAAUCCUAUGCUCGUACAACCGGAAUUUCCCAGGCCGCAACGACGGAAACACUCGAACGAUGAGUUUCCUUGCUUCUCCCGAAAUUGUCACGGCCUUUUCAUUUGCUGGCUCAACCUCAUUCAACCCAGUGAUUGAUGAGCUUGUUCUCCCCUCGGGAGACAAAUUCAAGUUCGAAGCACCCAAGGGUUCACAAUUACCCAGCUCAGGCUUCGCAGUAGGAAACCCAGCCUUCCAACCCUUGUCAGGAGACCCAGACUCGAGUGUGCAAGUGGUGGUUGAUCCUGAGUCUGACCGUCUGGCUAUUCUGGAACCGUUCGAGCCAUUCCCCGGCGGUGAUCUGAAAGGACUCAAGGUCUUGUACAAGGUCAAAGGACAGUGCACGACCGACACCAUCUCCGCGGCCGGUCCAUGGUUGAAAUACAAAGGCCAUUUACCCAACAUUGCAGAAAACACAUUAAUUGGCGCCAUCAACGCAGCAACCGGAGAAACCAACGUUGCAUACGACAGCGACGGCACCAAGACCACCAUCCCCGAACUAGCCAAGAAAUGGAAAUCCCAAGGCCAAAACUGGUUGGUUGUCGCUGAAGACAACUAUGGCGAAGGCUCGGCUCGAGAACACGCGGCCCUUCAACCACGGUAUCUGGGUGGACAAGUCAUUCUCGCAAAAUCCUUUGCUCGGAUUCACGAGACCAAUUUGAAGAAACAGGGUGUUGUGCCAUUGACAUUUGCCAAUAAGGAAGAUUAUAAUCGUCUGGAUGCGAAUGACUCGGUCGACACCGAGGGACUUUGGGAUGUUCUUCAGCAACAAGGGCGAGGGGAUAUUAGUCUGAAGGUCACCAAGCAGAAUGGUGAGACAUUCAGCAUUCCGGUCAAACAUACCUUGAGUAAGGAUCAAUGUGCGUUUAUUCUGGCUGGAAGUGCGUUGAAUCUUCUGGCGAAGAAACACAAGUCGGACUAAAAGAGAAAAGAAGUAUGGUACAGCACACAGAUGGGGCGGAGUAGCACUUGAUUCAUUCUUAUCAGGGUUUUGGAUAGAGAUUCUCCCAACACGGCGAGCCCACGGAAGGCGGAAGGCGGAAGGCGGCGUCGUGUUCUGAGUCAAAAGUACAGAUUCAAGCUGAAGACUCCGGUCAUUGUUGAUGAGGCUGGAAGUGGUUUGUACUACGGUUGAGUUACUCGACCGGGGUGGAAUAUUGGAAAAUCAGUGAAGAGCUAGGGCCUAGGAGAUGCGGCUCGAUCAACCGAAUAUGUGUGAGAUGCAGAUGGUUGCUUGGAAAGGAAGUGGCAUUGGCAUGCAUAUGAUUGUGCUAGCGAAGACGAAGACGAAGACGGACAUACGUACAUAUUCCGCACUCUGUACAGUACAGUUUAUCGGUGGUGAAUCCAUGAAGAUUCUAUUUCUGCCACGUUGGAUCAAUGUACAGACAGAGACGGAGACCAAGGGGAAGGGGAAGGGGAUGACAACAAGGCAAAACAAAGGCAACACAGAAUAUCGGUAGCCUUGCAUGGAAACGAGAAGCUGUCAUUGUUGUCAAUCGUCAAUUGUCUUGUCAUAAUCAUCAUCAUCGACCAAGCUGUACAACCUUGACAUGCAUUGUAGAUGAUUGGAUAUCGCAUUCAUAUUGCUAUUUACGCAUACAGCAAGAUGUACAGCACAUUACACAACAUCUGUCUAACCUGUCUGAUGUCUGAGCGUGUAUGCCUGUGUCUGCCUUGCAGGUUUGCCUUGCGUUUCACAGAACG